CACGUCGGGAAUGCUUGUUGUGCGUCGUGUGUGUUUCCGCUCCGUUUCCGUGCGCGUUCCUCUCGUCGGUCGGAACGACGAGUUGCCGGUGCGCGAUAUAUCGCGCCCGUCAGGUUACGCGCGCUAAGACGCGUCGACCUGUCCGUCCACGAGAGCGCGUCGCCGCUCGAGACGCUACUCCACGUCCCACUCGGCGAGGUUAGAGCCUGUCAGACAGCAGUCACUGCUCGUUCGCGGUCCGCGACGCAUCGCCAUUUCCACGCCACGACGCUCGGAGGCACGACGGAGGUUAGACUGCCGCCCGCCGGGAGCUAAGCGGACGCGCGCGACGAUGUGGAGCAGCUGAGUGCGGCUCGUCGUCGACGUCGGGUACACGAGGGAUGAGCGGUUCGCGACUUGGCAGAGGCCGCGGCGCCCGCCUGGCUAUUUACGCGGGCUGCGGGGUGCUGGCCUUCUUCCUGGUGUUCCUCUACCGCGCCGCCAACUCCGAGAUGACCAGGCUCCGGGAACUCCACCUCAAGUGCGCGCAGCAGCAAGAGGCGCUCGCCGCUCAGCUUCAAGUUAUAUUCGAAUACAAAGCUCGAUUGGAGAAGUCACUGGCCGAGGAGAAGAGCUCGAACGCAGCAGUGAAACAAGAACUGCAGCAACGCGCGUCGAGGGAGAAAUCGCUGCGCGACAAAGACAGCGUUGAGGCGAUGCAGAGGUUCAAUUCGCUCCAGCAGACUUACAAGCUUCUGCAAACGGAGCAUCAGGAUCUGCAAGAGGAGUGUAAGAAGCGUGAGAAGCAGGCGCUGGACCAGACCAGCGGGCUGGAAUCGACGCUGCAAGAUCUUCGCGGUCGCAUCCGGCAGGCGCAGGAAGAGAAAACAAAAUCUAUGGAGAACUUCAAGACUAAGUACAUGAAUUUGCAAAUGAAUAUGAACAGACUCCAGGAAAAGUACAACGAACAGAUGAACGUGAAGGGCGAAACCGAAAAUACCAUCAUGCACCUGCAAAAAGAGGUGUCUCAGCUCAAGCGCGAGCUUGAGAAGGCCAAGAAUUUCUACGUAAGGAGCACAUCUCCGGGCCCGAGUCUGGUGAGUCCAUCGGCGUUGCAGAAGGAAGGCUCGCAGCCGAUCCCGGCGCCGCAGCAGCAACAACCACAACAGGUAAGUUCGCCGCAGCCUCUACACGCGCCUCGCGACAAUCGCGCGGACGGAGCAACUCAUUCAGAGGAAAAGUUAAACGACGACGCCAACGAGCCGGCCGGCGACAUUAGGUUCGUUCGGAGGCACGAUAACAUCGUUCCGGCCGGUGCGAGCGACCUGAAAGAGCUCGGCGACGACCAGCCUCCGCACUCGGCUAACGACCUUCAGCAGAGGCAACAAAAAAAUGUUGUCGAGCGGCCGGACGUGGCAGAGAAGGUAGCUCCGGCCGACGGCGGGAACGACGAGGAGCAACAUAAGCAGAGCGCGGCACACGACGUUGUGAGUUCGCGACGAGCGGAUAAUUCUUCCACCGUGGCAAGCGCGAACAAUGGUAACUUAAUGUCGCCGUCUUUAGAUAAGGCGCCAUCGCCGCACAGACCGAAGGUCAAACUGCCGAUCGGCGUACUGCCAAUCCCGGAAAUCCGAGAGGACGAUAAGAAAUCGGAGGAGAAGCGUCCUGAGGAGAUCCGAAAGCGGGAAGACGCCGCUCACAAUUCACCGCCGAAAUUUGUACCACCAGCGAACCACCCGGACAGCAAGGAGAAAGAGGCAGUCGUUGAGGCUGGCAAUCUGGAUCCACCGUUCGUCGCGAACCUUCCUGCUCGACACAUUGGCGAUCAGAUCGAGAGGAGAGUGAACGACGGCUGGUUCAAGGUCGGCCCCGGAGUGCAGGAAGUCGGCGAGGAGCCGAAUCGAGUGCCUGGAUUGGACGACGGACAGGCUAACGGCGGCGACGACCAAUACGAUGGCGUCGAAUACGACAAGGAACCGCAAAAGAACGAUAUUCGAUUGGCGGAGGGCGAGGACGAAGGGGAAGAUGAGGGCGACAUGUUUGAGUAUCCGCAUAAUCUGAACCAAGGAAAGCGAGAAUAAAAUCAGCGCCGCGCUGACCUUUUUGUCCGCGACUGACCGGAUGGCACGAGUGGGGGUCGGCUGAAAAAUAGAACGAUCAGACCUGACCGAUGUCACAGCGAUCGGAAUCGCGCUCAGGUUCAGCCGAUAGCGGAGAAUAGUCACCAGGUGUCAUAAGUAACACAAAUCAUUCGAUACUAUUGCGCGGGGAGCGUGCGAGAAUUAGCCGAGCACGCACGAACGAACUUUUUGGCGGUGCGAAUAAUCCGCGCAUUUGACUUACGGUGGACCAGUCCGGUGAGAGGAUCCGCUCGUGCGCGUCCAGCUGAUCGAUCGAUCCACUUCUCGCACGUGAUUCUAGCUAAUUUUAUGUACGAUAGUAUGUAUACACGGUACAAAUGUCGUCAACCGCAGCGAGGCGACCGAUGAAGAAGACGGUAACGUCGCGUGGAAGUGCGGCGCGCGCGACGAAAGAAAAUGAAAAGACACAGACUGUAUUUUUAUAGAUUAAGAUCUACAAUGCACGAGAGACGUCAAGGGUGACUUAAUUGCACGUAUUACUUAAGACACUCGUGACAUUGUUGACUAGUACAAGUGCGAUAGCUUGGGCUUACAUUGCAUCAGUAGGACUAACUGCGCCUAACGAUACUGAAGUUUCAAUUUCUUUCAAACUCACCAGAUCUUAUUUUUCAUUCUCGAGCAAAUUUCCCGGGAAAAAAUGAUUAUA